AACAUUUUACCAACAAAAGAAUUCAUCCCCUUUAUAUAGUGUCAUCUUCUUGAUCUUCUUAACUACCAUUAGCUUUCUCUAAACAUUUGUAUCUUAAUCUCUUUAAAAAUGAAGCUCUCUCUGCGUUUGAUCUCAGCCCUUCUCAUGUCGGUCAUGCUCCUCUUCGCCACAGGAAUGGGUCCUGUGGAAGCAAGAACUUGUGAGUCACCAAGUAACAAGUUCCAAGGAGUUUGUCUCAACUCACAGAGCUGUGCCAAAGCUUGCCCUAGCGAAGGUUUUUCAGGCGGUCGAUGUAGUAGUCUCCGUUGCUACUGCUCCAAAGCCUGCUAAUUUAUCAACAAAUCAUUUUAUUCGAAAUCAAAAACCAAUCAAUAAUAUUAUCAUAUCUUUCAUCGUUUUCUAAUUUCAAUUCGAGAGUAAUAUAAUAAUCUUGAAAGGGACCAAUUGUUUUGUGUUCUUGUAUAUAUAAUGUUGGUUUUUUCGUAAGAAUUUUAAGUGUUUAUGUAUUGUUUUAAUUUUGGCUUAUUAUAUCAUUCGCCAUGUAAAUAUACUUUGCAUUGAUUAUAUAUCAUACUUUAUUGAUAUUUACAGGAUUACAUACAAGUUUACGUAAGACUAUGGUUAAAAGUAAAUAAGUAAUGUACAUUGUUUUGUCAACGUACGUUUGAAAAUAAUGUACAAUGUACUAAUUAAUUAUGACUAGCUCUUUAAAUUUUGGAGUUUCA